UCCUUAUUCAUGGCUCAGGGCCCACCGAACCAGCUUCUCUCCUUUCCCUUUGCCCACCUGGAGUUCCCGAACACAAUUUCAAGCCUUACUGGCGCAGCUUUGAGCUCCACUCCAAUGGCUUGCUCGUCGAAAGAGUAAAACUUUCCUACAUACGAUCUGCUUGAUACAAAUAGGAGCUGAGGUAGAAAUGUCACACCAUCAUCUACAUCAUCAGGGCAGUAACAGCAGUAGCAGCGGUACCAUUCCAGUUAGCGAAGUCUACUGGACUCUGGUUUCCAAGGCGGACAAGAAGUUCUCCAAGAUCCGUGAUCUUCCAUAUUACCAUCGCAGCCGGUAUGAUACAUACUUCUACAAGGUUUUCAAGGUUUAUACUCGAUUGUGGAAGUUUCAGCAAGAGAAUCGACAGAAGUUGGUGGAAGCGGGUCUCAAGAGAUGGGAGAUUGGCGACAUUGCAUCUAGGAUUGGUCAACUUUACUUUGGACAAUACAUGAGGACUAGUGAGGCUAGUUAUUUAUCUGAGUCUUAUAUAUUUUAUGAGGCAGUUUUGACUAGGGAGUACUUCAAAGAUGGGGUGUUUCAGGAUGUUAAUCUUGCAUGCAAGCAGUUGCGUCUUAUUUCUAGAUUUCUUACUGUCUGUUUGGUGUUGAAUCGGCGAGAGAUGGUGUUUCAGCUGGUAAAUCAGCUGAAAAUGUUGCUUGAUGAAUGCAAGAGGGCUUUCCAGGAAACUGAUUUUAAAGAAUGGAAGGUGGUGAUUCAGGAAAUAGCUAAAUUUCUAAAAGCUGACACAGCUUUUUUCAAUAACAGACCUUUGAGGUAUAGCAUUGUCUUGGACCUUCAUUCAGAUUGUCUCCCACAUGUUGUUCAAGCCAAGAGAAAGUUAAGGUUAAGGGAUGCAUUGUUGUGCAGUUACCAUCCUAUUGAGGUCAAAUUCUCAGAACUGACUCUUGACACUUUCAGAAUGCUACAAUGUCUUGAAUGGGAACCUAGUGGUUCGUUUUACCAGAUAACUAGUGGAGCUCAUUCAGCUGGACAGAAUGGAAAUCCGGGACCUAGUUGUGUAAACUAUUCACAAGAUAUAACUGAUCCUACAUUGCCUCUUAACCCUCGCAAAGCCAUUCUAUACCGCCCAACUGUUACAAGUUUUAUAGCAGUUCUGGCAACAAUCUGUGAUGAGCUUCCUCCAGAUGGGGUCCUAUUAAUAUAUCUUUCAGCUUCAGGAUGCUGUCAAAACCCUAUUCCGUCUCCAUCACAUAGUGGAGCUGCUUUGGGCAUUUCAGAGAACAUUUUCAAAGGGUUACGGUCUCACUUCAAUGACUCUGAAGCUGCCUCCACAUCCCCCCUUAACCCUGUAUGUGAUAUUACAGAUUCUCCUUCCGCCAAAACGGAUACCUUAAGUCAACCUGUCAGUGGAUUACAUAUUGGUUCUCGAGGUAUGAAUGGCAUUUUCCCCUGCGACUUUCUGCCAUUUACAAGAAAACCACUUUUCCUUGUCAUCGAUAGCGACAUGAGUGGAGAUUUCAAGGCUUUGAGUGGAUCAGAAAAAGGGGAGUCAACUGCCAUACUCCUAUCUCCAACUACUUCAUUCCCUUUAUCUGUUAUGGACGCCACUCGUCAGCCAAAUCAAAUCUCCUUCACCAUGUUUCUCACACUCCCUCUGCAAGCUUACAUUCUUAUGCUCGGUUUUACUGGCUCUGAUGUGGAAAUGGAUUUGUUCAAUAAGGCUGAGAAAUUGCUUUCGUCCUCAUUGAAUCAGUGGGGUCAAGCGUUGGCAGUGUCAGAUAGUCUUGACCCUGUCUGGGCUCAAAUUCUAAAUGAUCCAUUUCUGAGGAGACUCCUUUUGAGAUUUAUAUUCUGUCGGGCUGUGCUGGCUCUCAAUGCCUCUAGUUUCAACAAGACGGAGUUUCUCCCGGUAUGCAUCCCUCCCCUUCCAGAUAGUGUCAGCCCCACAAGCCCCACAUGUCAAUCAACAAUUUGGCAACUGGCAGAGAUAUUUGCCUCAACCAACAAGUUCAUCUUCUCAGAGGUCAUAAAACUUCCAUAGGGGUAGAACGUUGAAGUAGAAACGUUCUAUUUUGCUUUUCCAGUUUACUGACUUUGCUCCCUUCUUCUCUCUUGUUAUUUGAACAUCUUGCAUAGCCCUUGGUGGUCUCGUGUUCUCAUCAAGGUUUCUCUUUUAUCCAAUAUAGGAGUACAUAUUUUCUCUGUAACAUUACGUGGCAAGAGGAUUUUCAUGAUUUAUGCAAUAGCUGAUCUAUUUAACUCACUUUCCUCAUUCAGUGAUUAUAUUGGAAUGGUCUCCUACGAGCCUAUGACCC